AUGCACCUUCUUCUUACCUCCGCUGCGCUUGCAGUCUCCUGCAACGCAUUUGCGCUUCCCUGGACCACGAGAGCGGUCGAUGCAACUCUUCCGGCUUUGCCUCUAUCAAACUUCGAAACGCCCAAGUAUGCGCGUCUACUCGAAUUGGACGAAGCGCUAUCCGGCAUCGCGGAAAGUUUGACGACAAGCUUGACGACAAGCUUGAAGGUGGAGUUGGGCAAGUUCGCCAAAAGGCAAAGCACCUGCUCAAACGUUCGCACUCGUGUGGAGUGGGACCAUGCAUCCGACAGUCAACGACAAGGAUACGUCGACGCUAUCAAGUGCCUGAUGCAGCAGCCGCCCUCAGGCCAGUUCUCUGCUUCUAAGUCACGCUACGACGAUCUUGUCGGCCUCCAUCAAACAUUGACGCCCAGGGUGCACGGAAACGCCAAAUUCUUGCUCUGGCACAGGUACUACACAUGGACAUACGAGUCGCUUCUUCGUGAGCAAUGUGGUCUGACUGGCCCCCUGCUGUGGUUCGACGAGACUCGCUAUGCAGGUAACUAUGCGGCAUCAUCGAUCUUUAGUUCUCAGUGGUUCGGAAGUAUCAACCUUGGUGGCAACUGUGUGACUGAUGGACAAUUUGCGAACCUCGCUCUCGUUUACGGACCAGGAACGAGCAACACACCUCACUGCUUGGCUCGCAACAAUGAUGACUCUAAGACAAUCAACACCGGCAACGCCAUUGUCGAUGCCUGCAACAGCCGUUCCGACUACGCUGAUAUGGCUGCGUGCGCUGAAGGUGGUGCCCAUGCAUGGGGACAUAACGGAAUUGGGGCUGUUAUGGCUGAUGUUUACGCUUCUCCAUCUGAUCCCGUCUUUUUCUUGCACCACGCCUUCAUCGAUCGCAAUCUGCGUAUCUGGCAGAACAAUGGAGGCAACGCGCGUGUGUCUAGCAUUGACGGCACCGACGCCUCUGGAAAUGCUCUGACACUGGACACUAAGAUCAAUGUUUAUGGUUUCCGCCCGGACGUCACCAUUGGCGAUAUUCUGGAUACCAAGGGGUCGACGCUGUGCUACAAGUACGACUACUAGUUAAUUCGAUUCGCAGAUUGAGGUGGAGGCGUUAUCUGCACGCACGUAUUUCUUACAACUUCUCGGGCUUGGACCAUAAGUUUCAGUGCACCUGUAUUUGAAGCGAUUGGACAGUAGCUCCUAUUCAGACAGACUUCUUCGCUGCGCACGCUCUUGAGACUUUGACAAUUCCGCUGAUAAGGGCUGAGAUGCGGCUUCGUGUCGUACUCUAGCCCGAGCAUAACGAGUACGCAUAGGGACCGACCACUCACAGGUGCGUGCGUGUCUGAAUUGUGGCUUGCUCAGUCGUAAAGCUUGUCCGAGAGCCCACCUCAUUCCAAUGCCGCGGAAAAGUGCAGAAAUGAAGCCAAUACCUUAUCUACUGGUACUCGUUGGCCGUAUCUACCCCCUUGCCAUACGCAGCGAACAACAUGAUCAUCGAGCUCAUCGAGUUCAUCACGCUUGACAUCUCAAUUUCUGG